CUGGGCCUCAGUUGCAGGAGCUAAGGAGGGGCGGGGGCGUUAGCCGCCGCUGGGGCUGGCCUGGCUCUGCCUCUGGCACAGCGAGCCCAGCCCUGGAUGGACAAGGUGGCAGCUAUAGGCUGGGGCCGGGAAGGAAGGAGCUAGAUGGGCUUUUGGAACCUCCCUCCUCUGUCACCUGCCCCUUAGGCUCUGCUCCCCACAACCAUCUAGGCCCCGAAGGGGAAGAGCCAGCUGUCUAGUGGGAGACCCUGACUGUCGGGGACCGCAGACAUAGGGGCACAACGAAGGUCCCCCAGGCGUCACCUAGAGCUCUCCAUGUGGCGCCCACCCUGGCAGGGCCUUAGAUCAACUCAGGGGGGUCUCAGCAUUUUCUCAAUUCAAACAGAACAGUCCAUAGGGUAGGAAAGAUAUUUCCUACAACUGAGUGGAUCAGAAAGUUCUAGUUGACUGCAGGACUGAGCAGGAUCAGCCGAUGGCAGAGCUGCCGGGGACGUGCGCUCCGGAGAGGGAGAGCGCCUGGGCAGAGCUCAGAGGCUGGGGGGCGGGUGGAUGCCGCCGCCAGCGAAGGAGGGCGGGCGCAAGGGCCCGCGGGAGCGAAGCGGGAAGAGCGCGCCAGGUGCUGCGCGGGGUGAGGAGUGCGCCAAGGGGGCGCCCGCGACAGAGCCCCCCAAGCCGGGCUGGGCCCUGACGCCGCAGGGACUGGCGGCCAUGCCCCCUGCGCAGCGUCACCGCCAUCUGCUCUUCGGCGACCUGCUGGAGGACGUGGGGGCGGCGGCCUCCACCUUCCCGUGCGGGUCGGUGGAGCCGGGGUACCGCAUGCCCGACCCGCGCCCGUGGACGCAGUCGCUCGAGCUGCCCGCCGAGCGCCAGAACCGGCUUCUCGGCGUCCUCAAGGCAGCGGAGGCCCGCGGGCGAGUCCGCGCCCUGCGUCUGCGCUACACCCGCAUGCGGGCCGAGGAGAUCGCGCUGCUCAUCCAGCGGCAGAAGUCCGCGUGCGCCGCCAUCCGGCUGGAGCUGUUCCUGCCGCCGCAGCUGAAGCCCACGCGGAUCCCGGACCCCCUGGACCGCCAAGAGGUGCCGACAAGCCCUGGUAGGGGCGGGGAAAGGGGAGGUGCCCCGCCCGCCUCCGCACACGCCGGGCCCCAGCCUCUCUCCCCCGCAGCGGAGGCGCUUGGAGACCAUCCUGGGGGAGAACGUGGAUGGCACCAUCUUCCCGCGGUGACGGCGACUCAGAGUGUGCGAUGCGCCCCAGCCUCCCACAUAAAGUGAUAAUUCUCCGAA